UUUUCCUGGAUUUCGUCGGGUGUACGUCGUUUGCGUUUAAUCAUUUCGCAUUGUGGAAGGAUCGAUUAAUUAACACGUACAACCGUGGUCGUGUUGCGGCGUUCAAAACGUUCAUCGGACUAAUAGAUUGUUUCUUAACCGUGCACUGUGGGAAUAUACUUGUGAUUUUGUGCAGUGAUCGGUUUAAUAAGUGUUAAACCAAAUGGUUGUCCUAGAGGAAGGCGGUAUGCUGACUACUGGACAUAAUCAAUAUCUACAACCGGAUUAUCUUUCUCCGCUUCCAACCACGUUGGAUGCGAAGAAGAGUCCAUUAGCUUUGCUGGCGCAGACAUGCAGUCAAAUUGGUGCCGAUUCCCCGACAAAGCCCUUAAUCUCUCCUCUGGAUAAAACUCCCAAAAACAUGAACGGCGGUGCAAACGCGAAAUCUCCGCCAGCUGCAAAAUUGGAGCGAAGUACCCGUAGCAGCCCGUCGGAUGGGAAGUCGUUGGCCUUCAAGCCGUACGAAACCAACGUUGUUUCGAAGAAAUCUACCGACGAGAGUAGACCAGCAUCGAAAGCGAGUGUUCACAGUGUUAGUGGCCAAGACAGUGUCAGUGCGAGUGAUAAUAAUCACACGGAGAAAAAGUCCUCUGGAAAUCGUACGCCCGUCGGACGGAAGUCGGCGUCACCCGCUAGCCAAGCGACGGUGAGCACCACUCCGUUGGCGGACAGGAAGACACCGGUGGACCGUGAAAAAACUGACGGAUCGCCACGCAACAACAACGGCACCAGUCCAAUCAUCAGAUCCGGAAUGGAGAUUUUAUCCGGUAGCCACGCCAAGGAUUCGAAUCUGGGCGCUUACAAGCCCGGCCUCACCGGAUUCUCCAGCAAUCCACUUUGCUGUCCACCGGGCCUAGCAGAGAAUCCAGCCUUCAGACCACCGUUCGCCGGUGCAUCACCUUUCUCUCAUCAUCAUGCCGCGACGGCGGCUCUUUUGGGUUAUCCAUCAACCACUCCAACCGGUGGAAACCCGUAUUUGAGUUACGCUCGCGUGAAGACCCCGGCUGGCGGAGAGGCUUUGGUGCCAGUCUGCAAAGACCCUUACUGCACCGGUUGCCAAUACAGCAUGCACAGCGCUCAAUUAAUGAUGGGCACUGGAACUUGUCCCAGCGGAUGCACGCAGUGCGACCAUCAGAAGUACGGUCUGGCAAUGGCGUUGUCGUCGUUGGGCCCCAUGGCUCCUCCGUCGCUCUCCUAUCCGUCCACGUUAACCGGCGGCAGACCGUACGUGUGUAAUUGGAUCGCAGGCGAUUCAUACUGCGGUAAACGAUUCACUACAUCGGAGGAGCUUCUCCAACAUCUUCGCAGCCAUACCAGUUUGACCGGCGGCGAUCAUGCGUCCUCAUCGGCUGCUCUUCUCAGCAACCCACAUCCUCAUCCGUUGCUUUCGCCGUCGGCUGCUCUUCAUCGUGCAGGCGGUGGAUCGUACCCGACACCAUCUUUGAGCCCUCUGAGCGCCAGAUACCAUCCAUAUGGUAAACCACCGACAGGACCUCUUCCAGCAUCGCUCGCUGCCUCACCGUACAGCGCUUUUAACGCGUUGGGACCUUAUUACUCUCCGUACGCCAUUUAUGGCCAGCGAAUUGGAGCCGCGGUACAUCCUUAAAGCGAUUUCUUCUGUCCGACGGUUAUCAGUGAACAGCGAAUCAUAGUGUAACAUAGAGAGAGUUUUCGUAAAUGACAUUUUGACAGACUGUUGUGUAAAUAAGUAAAACGUGUAUCAUAUGAAUUUAUUUAAAAAAGGUAUAUAUAUACGUAUGUAUGUAUAUAUACAUAUAUAUAUAAACCUGUGUGUAUAAAUUCAAGAUUACGAUUAAAGUUUAUAAAAAUAUCUUGACAAAUUAACGUUUUAUCGCGAGAUCCUGCAUUAAUGUAUCUUUUGAUGUUUGAUCAUUAUUUAGGGAGGAACGUGUACACCGUGGAUGAAUCAUUGAACCUCUAUAAAGUAUGUUUUCUGAAAAUGUAGUAGUGUGAAUGAUAGUUCUGUGAACAGUUGAAAUUUACCUGUGCCUAUAUUGUUUCGAUGUUUAACGCGAUCUGAUUCGCAAGGUGAAAAUUAUCGACCCGUGUGUAUCACGAUACUCGUGAAUUAUUUUCUGUUACAGAAACGCGGUCGUGCAUGUUCUAUGUCCACGAUAUAACUGUGAUAUUACGCUAUUUUUCGAGGAAAUAAUAAAAAGAUAAUGUUAACGACGAUAGCUAAGCUGUAUUAAUGGUGAAAUAUGUAAUAUCUAACUUAAUCGUAUCGUUUGUAUCGGAGAAUCUUGUAGAAAUGGUUCAACUGGAUGAAAAGAUGAACGAAAUUAUUUCGUAAAACUUUCAACACGAAAUUAUUGUAAAGAGAAUCUUUUUGACGGUCUUCUAAAUUUGUUCAUAAAAACACAUUCAAUUUUCAUUGUUCGUUAUGUAAAUUACUAUGUAAUGUACAAUAGAUAUUAUUUGCACUGUAAAUAUUUCUUGUAAAUAUCGUUGAGUUUCCAUACCGCUUUAAUAAAAACAAUGUUUGUGGAAUCACUAAAAUUU